CUUCUAUAAAUAUAUGUUGCAGUAACAAAAUAAAACACACAUCAAAGCGUUGAGAGAACAAAAAAGAAGAGAGGAGAAAAGAGCGAUAAAUCCGAAAAGCCUAAGAAACAUCAAAAGAGAAGACAAACAAUUUCUUUUUUUGUUUCAAAAGGAAAAUCUUUGAAUUUUAUGGCAACCCGUCUCCUCCGAACUAACUUUAUCCGGCGUCCUUACCGUUUCUCCGCUUUAAAACCGGUGGGUCCACCCACCGUAACGGCUUCAACAGCCGUCGUCCCGGAUAUUCUCUCCUUCGGACAACAAGAACCAGAGCCACCUCUCCACCACCCAAAACCCAAUGAAGCUCACCAUGACAUCGAUCUCUCCGACCAAGCCCGUCUCUUCUCCUCUAUGCCCACAUCCGUCCUCCUCCGCUCCACCGCCGUGCUGCAUGCGGCCGCGAUAGGUCCCAUGGUGGAUGUUGGAUCGUGGGUCAUGAGCUCUAAACUCAUGGACACAGCCUUGACACGUGGUAUGGUCCUUGGCCUUGUGAAAAGUACGUUUUAUGACCACUUCUGCGCCGGUGAAGACGCCGCCGCUGCUGCGGAACGCGUGAGGAGCGUUUACGAAGCCUCGGGUCUUAAAGGUAUGCUUGUGUACGGCGUGGAACAUGCCGAUGACGCUGCCACUUGUGAUGAGAACAUGCAACACUUCCUUCGAACCAUCGAAGCAGCAAAAUCCUUACAUACAUCUCACUUUAGCUCAGUGGUCGUGAAGAUAACCGCGAUAUGUCCCAUCAGUCUUCUAAAACGAGUGAGCGAUUUGCUUCGAUGGGAAUACAAAAGUCAAAACUUCAAACUCUCGUGGAAGCUCAGAUCUUUCCCGGUUUUCUCCGAUUCAAGUCCUCUCUACCACACAAACUCAGAACCGGAACCGUUAACCGCCGAAGAAGAACGGGAGCUCGAAGCAGCUCACGUAAGGAUCCAAGAAAUCUGUCGGAAAUGCCAAGAGUCCAACGUACCUUUGUUGGUCGAUGCUGAAGACACAAUCCUCCAACCGGCGAUCGAUUACAUGGCUUAUUCAUCAGCUAUCAUAUUCAACACGGACAAAGACAGACCCAUCGUUUACAACACCAUUCAGGCCUACUUGAAAGACGCUGGUGAGAGGUUGCACUUGGCCGUACAAGAAGCCGAGAAAGAAUGUGUUCCUAUGGGUUUUAAGUUGGUGAGAGGCGCUUAUAUGUCUAGCGAAGCUAGACUAGCAGAUUCCUUGGGACACAAGUCACCAAUCCAUGAUACAAUUCAGAGUACGCACGCUUGCUACAAUGACUGCAUGACCUUCCUAAUGGAGAAAGCCUCCAAUGGAUCAGGAUUUGGUGUUGUUCUUGCAACACACAACGCUGAUUCGGGGGGACUUGCAUCAAAAAAAGCUAGUGAGCUCAACAUCGAUAAAAAGAACGGGAAGAUUGAGUUUGCGCAGCUAUACGGUAUGUCAGAUGCAUUGUCCUUCGGUUUAAAGAGAGCCGGUUUCAAUGUAAGCAAAUACAUGCCAUAUGGACCGGUUGAAACCGCUAUACCAUAUCUUCUCCGACGUGCUUAUGAGAACCGGGGAAUGAUGGCCACGGGUGCCAAUGAUCGUCAACUCAUGAGGAUGGAACUUAAGAGGAGACUAAUCGCUGGAAUUGCGUGAAGGGAAGAGUAUAAGUCGUUAUGUAUGGAGCCACUGAAUGGAAUUGGGAAAUGUAGAUCAAUAAAUUUGUUCUAUAUAUACGUAGAUUAUAAG